UCUAAUUAUAAAAUCAAAUAUCCGUAGAAAAGAUUUUCGUUUAUUUCGUUGAAUGAAAUUUUGUAAAACAAAUGAUGUUUCAUUAAUAUGGCACAUUGUGUCAAAGAAUUCAAACCUUCUACUUGUCAAAUCUAAUUACACACACAACCCUUCAGGCCCAAAUAAAUAUUUAAAUUCUUGUAAGCAGUGAUUGACAUUAAUGUAAAAAUAAAUUAAUUGUAUUUUAAUGUGAAUGAUAUCUACGAUGAUGGAUUGUUAAAAUCGUAACUUGAGAGAUGACAAAUUUUAUGGUUAAUUUUGUUCAUUAUCAACGAGAUAAAUUAUCAACGAAAAUCACGAAAAAAGAAGUUAGAAAUCUUAUUUAAUUGGGAUUAUCAACGUACAGGUUUGACAUCACUAAAUGACAAGAAAAGGAUUCAACCGGUUACGAGUUGAGGUUUUUAAUUAACAAUGGCAACCCGCAGACCAGGUUUAACAAAAACCCAAGCCUUGCGUCAAGCAAAAUCAGCAGCUUUAGUUAAACAAUAUGAGGAAAGGAAAGAAACUAUUGAACCACCCAAAGUGGAUUUAUCAAAGAGAAGAAAAAAACCGGUUCACGAGCCGAAAAAAAUUGAUUUCAGUAAGCCAGGUUUGACGAAAACGAUGUUAGCUCGAAUGAAACAUGCGGAAAAAAUAAAGCAAGAUUAUGAACGUAAAAUGGAACAGCAAGCAGCUCAAGUGGGCCGUAAGCCUAAACGAACCCCAGCACCGAUUGGUGGUGAUGCUAGAAUUGGUCGAGAAAGGGUAAAAGGAAGAGAACCUACUCAGAGACGAAAAGCAUUGCCAACAAUACCAGAAAAAACUCGUGAGCUUGCUAAGACUAUCAAAGCAGAUGUUGUUCGUGCUGAACCGAUAGGUAAAGGACCGAUUGACAGUAUCGUUAUACCACCAGGUUCAAUCAAAGAUAAUCGUACUACGAUCAUCAGCAUACCUCAACCAGCGGAAGUUACUCUUUCACAAAUAGCCAAUCGUUCGAUGCAAGUUAUCAGCGAGAUCUUGGACGAACAAGACGCUGCUGAGGCUAUAGCUGUACAAUCAAAGCUGGAUGAUUUGCAACAAGCAAGAAGAGAUUUUGUAGUAACCGUAGCGAAUGUCAGUGGACAGGUUGCUACUUUAGAAGACAUGACUGCUGUAGAACCUAGUACACCACCCAGAUAUCUUCAAAGAGUACCGGAUUUGGACGAUCCUUUUCUCCGUGUUGAAUAUACCAUAGAUCAUCCGAUCGUUGAAGCAGCUCGUGAGUUUAUGAAAAAAACCCUAGUUGCUAUGAAAGAAAGCGGAGUGGCUAGGAAAUUGGAUCAAGAAUUUAAAAGAAUCGCUGACAUAGAAUCGGGAUUGGACGUUGACGAUGAAUUAAUUCGCGAGGAAGAACUCAUACACAUAAGUGACGACGAUGACAUUUAUGUACCACCUGCUGUAACACAUGCACCACCACGACGCAUUUAUAAGCGUCCAGAAUACUUCCAAUAUCCAACAUUUGAUCCGGAUGAAUUAGAAAGAUUUUUCAGAGGUGAACAAUGCCCAGUAAUACAUAAACCACCAUUUGGUCGAGAAGAUCUUCAUCCUGAUCUUUGGGAACUCGAUGAUCCCUGGUAUAUACCACCCCCCGAACCUGACGUACCUGAUUUCAUUCAAUUUGAUUGAACAAUUAACGUUAUCGUUAAUCAAAAAUCAUUUUAUUCGCUAUCCUCGCAAAUUUCUAUUUUUGUCCUUUGAUUGCUGAUUCGUUUUUUAUACAAA